GAAAUAUUCGUGCGCCCACCGCUGGCGAAGAUGUCAACGACAGCAGUCAAGUUCGCGGUAGCCGCGAUCUGUGUGACUGGCCUUGUAUUCCUUCGGAAAAGGAAACUGCAACGACUACAUGCUCGUAUCAUCUACCACCGGGACAAGGACCUUGGCUCUCGUUUUGGCAUGGACGUCGGCGGAACGCUGGGCAAGUUGGUGUACUUUGAGCGCGAAGGCGACAGCAGCAAUGUCAUCCCAGACUUGGGCGACGUGCAUUCGUACUUGGUCGACACGGAAUACUAUGGCAAGAGUGUCCAACGCGACGGAGGGAUGAUGCUGCAUGUGCCAGGGGGCGGUCGCAUCCACUUUUUGCGGUUUGAGACCGACAAGGUCGAGUUCGUGGUGGAAUUCGUGCUCCAUCGUUGCUUCCACCGCGACAUCCGCACCAUGGCGUGCACGGGAGGCGGCGCGUUCAAGUUCAGCAAGCUCUUUGAAGACCACUUGGGCAUUGCGCUGCAAAAGUGCGACGAACUUGAGGCUCUCAUUCGUGGCAUGGUGUUCGUGAUGCGACAUGUACCGGACGAAUGCUAUACGUUCAAGAACGUGGCCUUGCACAGCCAAGGCAUGGGUGAAGCCACCAAGCAAAUCAUGUCCACGCCCCAAAGUGAAUUGUACCCGUUCUUGUUGGUGAACAUUGGGUCUGGCGUGAGCAUUCUCAAAGUGACCAGUGAAACCGAGUACCACCGCGUGUCUGGCACGAGUUUGGGGGGCGGCACGUUCCUCGGGCUAUGCAAGUUGCUGUCCAAGUACAAAAGUUUUGACGAAGCGCUAGAUGGCAGUAUGCAGGGCAAUUCCCAGAGCGUCGACAUGAGCGUUGGUGACAUUUACGGCGGCAAUUAUACGCAAUUCAACCUCUCCGCGAGUACUUUGGCCAGCAGUUUUGGAAAAAUGGGAACCAAAUAUGAGCCGAAACACGGACUUCGAGACGAAGAUGUCGCGCGCUCCCUCUUGAUCAUGAUCACCACAAACAUUGGCCAAGUGGCGUAUUUGAGUGCGCUGCGAUCGCAAACCCAGCGCAUCUACUUUUGCGGCAACUUUUUGCGUCAAAACGAGGUCCACGUUGUAGUAGUAGUUGCUGUGUAGUUAUUUAGGGAGUGGGGACUGACGGUUAUAUUGGUCUAGAUUGCAUCACGGCAACUUGCAUACGCCAUCGACUACUGGUCCAAGUCCAAGAUGCAAGCUCAAUUCUUCCAUCACGAAGGCUUCUUUGGGGCACUUGGGGCGCUCUUGACCCAUCACAAGGAGCUCCACAUCGAGCUGUAAUUCAGCACAAUUACUCUGUGAAAUACCGUGUUCUAACGAUUCAGUCUAAUAAUGUAGUGGCUUGUAACAUUUUUUGGUGAAGG